AUGAAAUUCGAUGAUUUUUUGUUAACAAUCAACGAUUUUGGUCGUUAUCAAAAAUUCAGUUUGUUCUUUAUUGGUUUAACUUAUUCGAUCACGCCAAAAUGUGAAUCAGCAAGAGAUAUUCGCAAACAUUCUUGUUUUCCAUCGGAAGACGAGAUAUUGCUUCUUCCUGCUACUCAAUUUCAAGUAAAUGGCAUUCUUAAUCAAGGUGAUCUUCAUAUUAUCCAUCUGAAAGAAACACAACCACCAUUUCCACUGUUACAAUCCGUAUCAAGUGUUGCCUCCAUCGCCAAUAGUUCGAUUUUAGCAGCAUCUACAAAUAUUCGCCCGAAAGUUGAUUGUAAACGGCAUUUUCCAACAACGUUUUUCACACUUCGUGAUUGGAAUCUGGUCGAAAAUGAAGAAACAUCACAACAUACUAUUACUGACAAGAACUUUAUUACGAAAGAUCGUAAAUAUUUGAUCACGCCCUUCCGUGUGGCUUGUUUCUUCUUUGUUGGUUUUCUUCUAUUUCUCUUUGGUGAUGUUCUGUAUUAUGCUUAUAUUGCUUAUGUGCUUUAUUUUCUUUAUUUGAAUGAUUAUAUCAAAACUAUUCUUUCGAAACGGUUUACCAUCGAUUUUUACAAGGAUAACGAGAACAUGAAAUUCGAUGAUUUUUUAUUAACAAUCAACGAUUUUGGUCGUUUUCAAAAAUUCAGUUUGUUCUUUAUUGGUUUAACUUAUUCGAUCACGCCAAUUGUAGUUUAUACUUGGUCAUUCACUGCUGCCACACCUUCAUUUCGUUGUAAAUCGAAUGAAAACGACAAUUUUUACUUACAAAACUAUUCUCAUUUAAAUCAACCAGAUGAAUUAUAUUGUAAAACGAAUACGAAAAUUUCAGUGAGAGAAUGUCAACGAUGUUAUAUCAAACAGAAUAAUCAAACAAAAGCGUGUCACGAUUUCGUAUUUGAUCAAAAAUAUUACAAUUAUACACUUGUUGAAGAAUGGUCGAUGGUUUGUGAUCGAACGGUCUUUCGUACAACGGUACAAAACAUCUUUUUCGUCGGUUAUAUGAUUGGCUCAAUAUUCUUUGGAAUUCUUGCUGAUAAAUAUGGUCGUCGACCAAUAAUUAGCAUUUGUUUGAUAUUAACAGCAUGUUCGGGAUUUAUUUGUACGUUUUUCCCUCAAAAAACGUUAUUUGGAUUUUGGCCAAGUUAUUUGUCAUAUACAUUCGGUCGAUUUAUCUUAGCUUGUGUAACUCGAGGCGUUGGAAUUACUGAUUUUGUAUUAGUGACAGAACUUGUGGGCCCGAAGAAGAAGUUUCUUGUUGGAACAAGUCUUCAUAUGUGUUUUGCACUUGGUCAACUAGUUUUAAGUUUUUUUGCUUAUUUUAUUCGUGAAUGGAGACGUUUAACAUUAGCUUUAUCGUUAUUCACAGCUCCAUUUGUAUUUCUGCAUUUUGUUAUACCUGAAUCGCCAAGAUGGUUACUCAGUAAAGGACGAUAUAAACAAGCGGAGAUUCUCUUGAGAAAGAUCGCGAAGACGAAUAAAAAGUCGUUUGAUGAUGCAGCAUGUCGCAGAAUGUUUGCUGAUCUUGAGAAAUCGCACGAUUCAAACGAUCGAACUGGAGUUUUGUCAUUAUUUCGAUCGAAAAUCAUGUUAAUUAUAAGUUUGAAUUUAUUUUUUCAAUGGUUUGUUCAAAAUUUGGCUUAUUAUGGAGUUUCUCAAAGUACUGGCUCAUGGGGCUUUGAUCCAUACUUGUCAUUUACAAUAUCAGCUUGUGUAGAACUUCUUGCUUACAUUGCAAUUUAUCUUAUUUUAAAUCGUAUCGGUCGAAAAAUGCCUUAUUUAACAGCAGUAUUUUGCUUUGUGAUUGUUUCAUUCUUGACUAUUUUGAUACACAACGAUCACCGUCGAGGAAUUCUGAGAUUUUUAAUGAAUAUUUCAUCGAAAUUUCUUGUUUCGGUUAGUUAUGGAACGAUUUAUAUUUACGCGAAUGAAUUAUUUCCCACUCGAGUGCGAAGUACAGGAAUGGGAUUGUGUUCAAUGGCUGCACGGGUUGGCGCAAUUGUUGCCACAACGAGUAACGAUAUGUUAGCACGCGUUUGGAUUAAUCUUCCAACUGUUUUAUUUGGUGCAUUGUCAUUGAUCGCAGCACUUGCUGUUCUGAUGUUACCGGAAACGUUGAAUAAACCAUUGCCACAGACAAUUCAAGAUACAGAACAGAUGGGUUUACUUUGUAUUCGUGAUUCCCAAACGGAACGAGCAAACGAAUCUACAAAUGAAGAUAAGUUAUUAAAUGAAAGUUCGGUAAAAAGUUAA